UAUAUAACCACGUUGGUAAAUAAAAGAGAAACAAAAAUGCCUGAUAAGGGUAUCAUGAAUUAGGCUACUACUGUUCGUGCAUAUGAAUUGAAAGCCGUGUAUGCAUUAUCUUAUCUACAUGCAGUGACUUGUAGUAAUAUAUGUGUAUAACCUUUCGAUAAAACUUUUCGGUGAUGAUCAUGUUUAUCUUCGUUGUUUACCAUACGUAUAAGCAUGAUCUAGAACGACAUUCGUUAUUCUUUGCCGCGUUAUGUUAUAGGACAAGAACAUGUAUCGAAUUGAAAAAAUGAAGGCUCUAUUUAUGCAGUGGAGCGUGCUAUUUCCAAAGGUACAAAAUUUGCAUUGCUCAAGAAUCUCAACAAACAAAUUUAACAAAAUUCUUAUUGCAAAUAGAGGGGAGAUAGCAUGCCGUGUUAUAAGAACAGCCAAGAAACUGGGAAUAAGAACCGUCGCUGUUUACAGCGAUGCGGAUCGUCAUUCUAUGCACGUAGAGCAAGCGGAUGAAGCUUAUCGCAUCGGUCCUGCGUCUUCUAGCCAGAGUUACUUGCGGCAGGAUAAAAUCAUAUCUAUAGCAAAAACUUCAAAAUGUCAAGCGAUACACCCUGGCUACGGAUUCCUCUCGGAAAAUGCAGAAUUUGCGGAGGUUUGUGAGAAGGAGAACAUUAUAUUUAUCGGACCUCCAGCAAAUGCAAUUAAAAACAUGGGAAUAAAAAAUGUUUCGAAAGCUAUGAUGAUCGAUGCUGGAGUUCCUGUUAUAGCCGGAUACCACGGAGACGACCAAUCCGAUGGAACCUUGCUACUGAAAGCUAGAGAAAUAGGUUUUCCGUUAAUGUUAAAGGCUGUACGCGGCGGAGGAGGAAAAGGAAUGAGAAUUGUUUUAAAAGAAUCAGAGUUCGCAGAGGCUUUGGAAGGUGCAAGAACCGAAUCUGAAAAAGCAUUUGGAGAUUCUGCAAUUUUGAUCGAGCAAUAUGUCAGUGAACCGAGACACGUCGAAGUACAAGUCUUUGCCGAUAAACACGGAAACGUCGUUCACUUGUUCGAAAGGGAUUGUUCCGUUCAAAGAAGACAUCAGAAGAUUAUCGAAGAAGCUCCUGCACCAGGUAUCUCGGCAGAUUUAAGAUUGGACUUAGGUAUGACGGCAGUUCGAGCUGCGAAAGCAGUAGGAUACGUUGGCGCGGGUACUGUCGAAUUUAUAAUGAACCGCGACGCGAACACCUUCCAUUUUAUGGAAAUGAACACGCGUCUUCAAGUGGAGCAUCCUAUUACGGAGGCAAUUACGGGGCUGGAUUUGGUCGAAUGGCAAUUACGAGUUGCUACGGGCGAAGAACUCCCGCUAAAUCAAGAACAGAUCAAUUUCCAUGGACACGCGUUUGAGGCAAGGAUUUACGCCGAGAAUCCAAGGAACGGUUUCCUACCAGGAGCUGGGCAUCUGUCGUACUUGAGAGUUCCGGAAGUCGUGUCAAAGACAGUUCGAGUCGAGACCGGAGUUCGCGAGAAAGACGAAGUAUCGGUACAUUAUGACCCGAUGAUCGCAAAACUGGUUGUCUGGGGAAAAGAUAGAGGAGAAGCAUUGGCCAUACUUAGAUCAAAGCUGAACGGAUACAAUAUUGCCGGGCUCGACACUAAUAUAGAAUUCAUCAAAGAUUUAUGCUCUCAUCCUAGCUUUCAACAAGGUCAAGUGCAUACAGGGUUCAUAGAAGAACAUUAUCAAGACCUGUUUCCCAAGUUAAAAGUGCCGAGCGAAGUUGCGGUGCAAGCUGCUCUUGCUUCAAUACUUUACGAAGAUAUGCGCUCUUUACAGUCUUCUCUUACAACUUCCGAUCCUUUCAGUCCUUUCGCGACUGAAACCGGAGCUAGAUUGAACCAUUCUUUAACGCGAACUUUUCGUUUUAACGUUUCUGGGGACGAUGUCGAGAUUGAAGUAAGAUACGUCGAACCUGAGGUGUAUCGUAUGAGAGUCGGUAAGAUUGGUCCUUGGAGAAGAGUAACAGGUGCAUUAAAGAAAAGGAAAAACUCGUUAGAAUUAUCUAUUGAAAUUGACGAAUGGAUCACCCGGACGACAGUAACUAAAAUUCAUAACAAAUUACAUUUAUUCACCAAGGAUCGCGAAUGGCAGUUCGAAGAGCCUACUAUGAAAUUUUUGUCCAAUUUUGAAGGUAACAAUGUCGAAACAGAUCCAUAUAAGGCUCUAAGUCCUAUGCCGGGCUUCGUAGAGAAAUUAUUCGUCGCCGAAGGAGACGUUGUAAAGAUCGGCGACGCUUUGCUUGUUAUUAAUGCCAUGAAGAUGGAACAUACUAUCAGAGCAUCCAUAAAUGCCACCGUCGAGAAGGUGUCGUGUUCAAUAGGAGAUAACGUGCCCAAAAAUAAAAUUCUCGUCAAGUUAGCUAAUUCUGCGUCUUAG